CUCUUCCUCUUCUUUCUUCUCCAAGCUUAUCAAAACUAAAGAAAUAUGUCCGCUGCCGCUAUUUAUGUAGGAAAUUUGGAUCAAAGAGUAACUGACGUUAUGUUACUCGAGCAAUUUUCCUCUAUGGGUACUGUUGCCAACGUCAAGAUCAUUCAAAAUCACAGACAAGGCCCUUUCUCUAAUGUCAACUACGGCUUUGUUGAAUUUGCUGACCGUCUUGCGGCAGAUAGAGCUAUUCAAGAGCUUAAUGGAUUCAAGCUUUUAGAUUAUGAAAUCAAAGUAAAUUGGGCCCAACAAGGUGGCAGAGAACCAACCUUCAGAGAAGAACAACCCGAGCACUUCCAAAUUUUCAUUGGUGAUCUUGCCCCUGAAGUGACAGAUGAAGUUUUGACUCACGCUUUUGCAACCUUUGGUGAUAUUAUCAAUGCCCAUGUUAUGAAAGAUUCUAUGUCUGGUAACUCUAGAGGCUUUGGUUUCGUUACUUUCCGCGAAAAGUCUGAAGCUGAACAAGCCAUUGCGUCUAUGAAUGGUGAACAAUUGGGCUCCCGUAGCAUUCGUGUUAAUUGGGCUACUCAGAAAAGCCAUAAUGAUGCUCCCCCUCCUCGUCCCGGUCAACAACUUCCAUAUGAAAUCGUUCUUCAACAAACACCUGCUUAUGUUACCAGUGUCUAUGUUGGUAAUUUGCCACCCAAUACGAGCGAUAACGAUUUAUUGCAACCCUUCCAAAAAUUCGGUUAUAUUCAAGAGAUUAAAUUACAAGCUGAUAGAGGAAUUGCUUUCAUUAAAAUGGAUACACAUCAACAUGCUGCUGAAGCUAUUGUCAAUUUACAAGGCAUGAAUAUCAACGGCCGUGAUGCUAAGUUAUCGUGGGGCAAGGAUCGCGCACCGCAAAACAACUGGUCUUCCUAUAGCGGCAAUGGUCAGCGCAAUCAAAACAACAACUGGCGUCAGCAUGAUAGGAAUUAGACUUUUCAAGGAAAAGACAACAUUUAUAUACACUUUUAUUAUAAUAUUCCUUUCAAUGUGAAAAUCUAAUCAAUUUGUAAUAGUCAUCAGUUCCUUGAUUGAGCGACAGUCUCUUUCUUUUAAAAUUGUCUAUCGUAGACACCUUCAACUUCCUUUUUCUUUUUUUUUCAACUUUUUAUGUAUAUUUUUCUAAUGUAAAUAAAAUCUGAAGACAUGAGAAUAAAAAAUACACAUUUAGUUCACUUACGCG